AUGGUUUGUGGAUUUUUAGGCUACAAAAAAGAUGAUAACUACGUUCAAUUGGGUUUAAAUAACAAAGCAAAAUUAUAUGCGGACGACUUAAAGGUGCUAGCAAAAUUAGAUGAAAAUGAUAAAAAUUUGCAUAACAAUUCCCUUCAAGAUGACUUGGACUAUUUCUUCGAACAGUCAACUAAACGGCUAAUAAGCUUUAAUAGUGAUAAAGGCAAGAUAAUGCACAUAGUUCGUGAUAACCCAAAAAAUAAAUACACACUAAAAUGCAAUAAUGACGAAUUAGGAACAUCUAGAAAAAAUCUUAAAGAGACAUUGUUAGAACGAGACUGGCUUGUGAAUACUAAAAAAAUAAAUACACCUAAAGGAGGGCUUGGGAAUACUAAAAAAAGAAAUACAUCUAAAGCAGGGUUUGGGAAUACUAAAAAAAUAAAUGCACCUAAAGCAGGGUUUGGGAAUAUUAAAAAAAUAAAUACACCUAAAGCAGGGUUUGGGAAUACUAAAAAAAUAAAUACACCUAAAGCAGGGUUUAAGAAUAUUAAAAAAAUAAAUACACCUAAAGCAGGGUUUAAAAAUACUAAAAAAAUAAAUACUCAUAAAGCAGGGUUUGGGAAUACUAAAACAAUAAAUACACUUAAAGCAGGGUUUGGGAAUACUAAAAAAAUAAAUACACCUAAAGCAGGGUUUGGGAAUACUAAAAAAAUAAAUACACCUAAAGCAGGAAUUGGAAAUAUUAAAAAAAUAAAUACACCUAAAGCAGGGUAUAAAAAUACUAAAAAAAUAAAUCCACCUAAAGCAGGGUUUGGGAAUAUUAAAAAAAUAAAUACAACUAAAGCAGGGUUUGGGAAUACUAAAAAAAUAAAUACACCCAAAGCAGGGUUUAAAAAUACUAAAAAAAUAAAUACUCAUAAAGCAGGGUUUGGGAAUACUAAAACAAUAAAUACACCUAAAGCAGGGUUUGGGAAUACUAAAAAAAUAAAUACACCUAAAGCGGGUUUGGGAAUACUAAAAAAAUAA